AUGGCUGCCGUAGUUUCCGCUUCGCCAGUGAUAAUCUACAUUCCCAUAGAGCCAUACACAAUCUACCCUCCCAUAGCGCCAGUGACAAUCUACCCUCCCAUAGAGCCAUACACAAUCUAUCCUCCAAUAGCGCCAGUGACAAUCUACCAUCCCAUAGAGCCAUACACAAUCUACCCUCCAAUAGCGCCAGUGACAAUCUACCAUCCCAUAGCGCCAGUGACAAUCUACCAUCCCAUAGAGCCAUACACAAUCUACCCUCCCAUAGCGCCAGUGACAAUCUACCCUCCCAUAGCGCCAGUGACAAUCUACCCUCCAAUAGCGCCAGUGAUAAUCUACAUUCCCAUAGAGCCAUACACAAUCUACCCUCCAAUAGCGCCAGUGACAAUCUACCAUCCCAUAGCGCCAGUGACAAUCUACCAUCCCAUAGAGCCAUACACAAUCUACCCUCCCAUAGCGCCAGUGACAAUCUACCAUCCCAUAGCGCCAGUGACAAUCUACCCUCCCAUAGAGCCAUACACAAUCUACCCUCCCAUAGAGCUAUACACAAUCUACCAUCCCAUAGCGCCAGUGACAAUCUACCCUCCCAUAGAGCCAUACACAAUCUACCCUCCCAUAGAGCCAUACACAAUCUACCCUCCCAUAGAGCCAUACACAAUCUACCCUCCCAUAGAGCUAUACACAAUCUACCAUCCCAUAGAGCCAUACACAAUCUACCCUCCCAUAGCGCCAGUGACAAUCUACCAUCCCAUAGCGCCAGUGACAAUCUACCCUCCCAUAGAGCUAUACACAAUCUACCAUCCCAUAGCGCCAGUGACAAUCUACCCUCCCAUAGAGCUAUACACAAUCUACCCUCCCAUAGCGCCAGUGACAAUCUACCCUCCCAUAGAGCCAUACACAAUCUACCCCCCCAUAGAGCCAUACACAAUCUACCCUCCCAUAGCGCCAGUGACAAUCUACCCUCCCAUAGCGCCAGUGACAAUCUACCAUCCCAUAGCGCCAGUGACAAUCUACCCUCCCAUAGAGCCAGUGACAAUCUACCCUCCCAUAGAGCCAUACACAAUCUACCAUCCCAUAGAGCCAUACACAAUCUACCCUCCCAUAGCGCCAGUGACAAUCUACCCUCCCAUAGAGCCAUACACAAUCUACCAUCCCAUAGAGCCAUACACAAUCUACCCUCCCAUAGCGCCAGUGAUAAUCUACCCUCCCAUAGCGCCAGUGACAAUCUACCAUCCCAUAGCGCCAGUGACAAUCUACCCUCCCAUAGCGCCAGUGAUAAUCUACCCUCCCAUAGCGCCAGUGUAA